UGUUUCCAGGAUCAUCCAGGCGGUGUUCCAUCUUCACUGCCCGCGCGUGAGGUCCUGAUGAACAAGGUUGUGCAUGCUGGAGCUUAUUUUCACGCUCUCUCCCUGUCCUUCGCGAAUGCGGGGGCGGAAGCUUUCCCGGUGAUCACCACAGACCCCCAUCGGAUCAAAUUCAAUAACAUAAGUACCGGGCCGCCAAUAUGACCUCUCCGGUGUUCCAAAACAGUCCACAAGUCACCAUCCAUCUUAUCAGGCCUCGUAUGCUUCAUCAGCACCGCGCAAAGUUCAUGUCCGCUCAAGAUCUGACGGGUCGACAAGUCGCAGAUGGGCGUUGACACAUGGUCAUCACUCUGCUCUAAUCGCGGUGAAACAGACGAUCUGGUAUGCUGCAGUGGGCUGUCCCGAUCGUUGGCUCGCUUUGCGGUCGUCGCCGGCCCAUCUCAAACGCUCCGAGUUUCUCGCCGAGUGCCUCCAAUGACGGCUGCCCCGAUGUUGCUAAACGACAGCUCGAAGCCGUCUAGUACGCAAUCUAUCCUGCCCUGUGAUCUGCGAGUCAAGGGGUUGCUUCGGAACCGUCCAAGACGUGGUGUUAUCUUGUCUGUCAAAAUGAACGCUGCGUUCUUGUUGGCGCCGGCGCGCGGGGCUGCGCUCGACGACUGGAAGAUAAAACCGUACUCUCCGGCAGUUCUCGAGUCAGAUCCUCAGGUGCAGCACCCAGCACCUCGUCGCACAGCACGGUCACGUGUUGUCUGAGUCCAUUGGCAGCGGGCUGCGGCACUUGUUAUUAAGCUCGAAUGAGUGCCGCUGGUGGCCCUGCUUCCCCGGGAAGCAAUCCUCCAGAUUCGUUCCGUCCAGAAUGGCUAUCCCCUGGUGCGAACAAAGCCUGAAACAGCUCAAACGCGUGGCGCUCUCCUCGGCAUCUUUCAAUGGUUCCACUACAAAAGGAUAUUCAGGCAACGGUAUGCUUCGCUAGCGUAGUCCCUAUGAUCCCUAUAUCUCUGCGUGCUCCUAGGGAGCUUUGAUGUCCCAACCUAUAUGUACGCUUUCCGUAUCUCGUAGCGCAUCAAAGAAACAGGGCAAUCGGACGAGAUAUGUGAGAAGGGAUCAGCGUGCUCGAUCCGGAGACUAAAAGCAGCAUGAAACGUUCUUGACAGACAAGAAACUCGAUGAUCAGCGUCGCUAGGUGUGGCUUAUGUCAGCAUUGUUCUGCUCAGCAGUGUUGCCCUCUACUAGUGAGUGCGCUAUCCACCUCUGCAUAGCCUGGUGCGCCCGAGCAUCCGACAGUGAUGUCAGUGGUGGCAGCAAAUGCUAUGGAUCCGCCGCCUUCGCCGGGAACGCCCACUCACUUUGCGACUGCCCCUCGCUCCUUCGUAUCUGCCCUUCGCGGGCAGAACACCGCCUUUCCUUCGACGCCGACGACCUCAAUGAACGCGUACUUCGAUCCCCCACCGAAUACACCGUAUUCCGACUUUAUCCGUACUUGGACCGAUGCCCACGUUGCACGGUGGUUGUCCGAUAUCAAAUGCGCCAGUCAUGCCGCUACUUUCCGCGCAAACGAUAUACGAGGCGACAUUAUUUUGGAGUUGGAUCAGACCACACUGCAGGAAUUGGGCGUCAACAGCAUCGGGGAUCGUCUGCGAAUCAUUAAUGCUGUCAAGUCACUUCGUAUGCGUGCUGCGGGCCGCCCGCCCGCAACGCCUAUCAUCGAAUCCGUUCGCUCGAGUCCGCGUCUCGACAUCUCUCCGGAGCCUUCGGUGCUGAAGCAGGAGCGGACAGAGACAUCACCCACCACACGGCUUGGGAAAAAUCGGCUGGAAAGCGGACGGCCGGCGCCAUUGCAGCUCGGGCAAACCACGGCGCGCAGCGAUCUCCCUCGUCUUGUUCGGGAACAACAGCCACCUGAUUCUGCUCGGCUGGCAUCGAGCAGCACCACCCCGGUGCGGCCGCUGCCGCAGCCUAUCGGACCGAGCAAGUCGCGAUCGAAUCUACCCCCACUUCCACCGCCUCCAAAUGGGACACCACCCCCGCCUCCCCCCGUGCGACAGCCUAACCGCCCUGGGACGCUGAACAAUACCCCGGUCAGCUCCACAGGUCGGAAGACGCCGGAUCCUGCGCCCGCAUAUAGUGCGUCCCAAGGCGCAUUACUUACGCCGUCAUCAGCAACACAUUGGACAGGACUUCAUCUUCCCGCGAAUCCCCGGCCCGACAAUGCUGGCGGCGGCCGGCCUGCACCCAUUGGGCGGACUGCGUCGCCUCUGUCCAAUAAACCGACGCGGGGGACCAUCCCCUUUGGUUCCAAAAACGGCAAUGCUGGAGCUUCCACGUCCAGCCCCAAACGCGGGCCUCCGUACUCCAGCAAUUUACAGACACCGGCUUCCCUUCUCAACAAUGGCCUGUCCCCUAUCGAAGAAACGUUUUCGCAGCGGAAUCCGGCUACGCCGUCCUCGUCGUCGUCGCUUUCUCUCGAUGAUCUUCGUCGAAAGUUGGUCCGGUUUUUGUAUCCUGACGAUGGCCGGCAACUCACAGUCGAUGUCGGAUCAUGUGUCAAUGGGAUUGAGGUUCUGGAACGGGUCCUCAAGAAAUUCAGCAAGUCGCGACCCGCCGGAGAGCCCGUUGAUGUACGGCAAACUCCUGGCGGGGGACUGAGUGUGGAUGGCUGGGGUAUCUUCUUGGACAAGAAGACUGGGGUACCUCUGAGUGAGGCGGAAGUACUGUCAGUGUGCCAUGCUCCACCGAAUCAUCCUGUGCGGGAGCACGGUCUCACCCUCCAGCGCACUGGACUCUACCCCGAAUCGACAUCUGACGGCAAGUCUCUUGGCUUGACAAGCAAAGCUACGAAACGGGCAAGCUCCAUCAGCGUGCUCAGCGGUCUCGGGGUCCAUGAUCCCGAGCGAGCGCUGGAUCCACCAUCUCCCACCAGCGGGCGCGAGAGCCCGCAACUCGCUCCCCCGCAAACGCCUCCAGGCAAGAAGCGACCCGGCAAACUGCACAACUUCUUCGGCCAACGGCCUCCCAGCGAGCUCAUUACCGAUCACCUGACCCAGUACUUCCCGAUGACCGACAAGAAAGUGCUGGCGCGUACAGCGAGACAGAGCAUGAUCUUCCGCGCUUCUUCGCGGCCCAAGCGCGAAAGCGGUGCCUCGUGGAACCCACCCCCGGUCCCUAACCGCAUGUCAUUCUCGUCGCAGUCCCGGCCCAGCACCGAGUACGCAGCGGAGGAUAUCCCCCGGGUGUCUCUCUCCACGGACGACGGGCAGUCGAUCGACUUGGCCGAUGUGCCCAAGUUGACUGCGCAUCCCCAGCUCUUGCCACCGAUUCCUUUCCCGUCCGAAACUCCCGCCGAUUCCAUCGAGGCCUUCGCAGAGGACGACAACAAACGGCCCAAACGAACGUUAUCCGUCGCGUCUUCCGCGUCUGGCUCCAGGCGCCUCAGCUUCAUGACCGAGAUGCGCAGCAAACGUGACCGGUCGGACACUGCCAGCCUGCUCACCGUCGACGAGAUCACCGCCGAUUUAGCAACGGAAGAACGUGCAGACGACGAAUGGACGAAAGUGGACCCAGAGACUGCCGAGGGGACACUGAUCGACGCAGCCCCCGAGACAUUGGUUGCAGAGGAGCUCGUGAAGGAUGAGGGUGAAGCUCCAGAGGUGGAUGUGGAUGAAGACGAAGUUGAGACGUGCGAGAUGGACGAUGAGGAGGUGGACGACGAUGAGGAAGAUGACGAUGAGGAAAUGGACGAAGAUGAUGACAAGCCUCAAGCCAACAAGUGGAUCAAGGGUGCACUCAUCGGUGCUGGAUCAUUUGGGAAAGUCUAUCUUGGCAUGGACGCUUCUACCGGCCUCUUGAUGGCUGUGAAACAAGUCGAGCUGCCGACGGGUACUGCGCCGAAUCAAGAACGCAAAAAGUCGAUGCUCAGCGCUCUGGAACGCGAAAUCGAGCUUCUGAAAGAUCUGCAGCAUGAAAACAUCGUGCAGUAUCUAUACUCGUCUCUCGACGAUGAUUUCCUGAACAUCUUUCUGGAGUAUGUCCCUGGUGGCUCAGUGGCCGCCCUGCUGCGCAACUACGGAGCUUUCGAGGAGCCGUUGGUCAAGAACUUUGUGCGGCAGAUCCUCCAAGGCCUCAACUACCUGCAUGAGCGGGACAUCAUCCACCGGGACAUCAAGGGAGCGAACAUCCUCGUCGACAACAAAGGCGGGAUCAAGAUCUCCGACUUUGGAUCUCCAAGAAGGUCGAAGACAGUGCGUGUCGUGGUAGUUGCUCUAGUAGAUUCCAGCGUUGAUGGCAUGGCAGAUCUGCUCACGGGCAACCGCAUGCACCGGCCCUCGCUGCAGGGUUCCGUGUUCUGGAUGGCACCUGAAGUGGUCAAGCAAAGCGCGCACACCCAGAAAGCGGAUAUCUGGAGUGUGGGCUGCCUGCUUGUGGAGAUGUUGACGGGAGAACACCCGUGGGCGACGCUGACCCAGAUGCAAGCCAUUUUCAAGAUUGGCUCCUCUGCUAAGCCGACUGUCCCGUCGGACAUCUCGAGUGAUGCUCAAGAUUUCUUGAUGCGCACGUUCGAGCUCAAUCACGAGGCACGUCCAUCCGCGAUGGAGUUGCUUCAACACCCGUGGAUCGGGAAGAAGCCGUCAGGAAAGAAGGGAGCGCAGACGCUUGCGAUGGUCGAGGCCGCGGCCUGACACAUGCUGUUUAUUUUUGCUAUCAUAUAAUGAAGUAUUUGGAUUUGGACCCCCAUCUGUACCAUACGCAGGUCUCUCUCUCUCUACGAAGAAGACAGAAUUAAACUGUAGAAUAGUGGUUCAUUCGUCUGCACCUCGUUUGCGUUUCCCAGAUGACGACGACGAGCUCUCUUUUGCGGAAGACGCCUUAGCUUUGGGUCCCCAAUUUGGCGGAUUCUCUGGGUACCGCACAAACUUCAGGCGGGAGAUAUAUUUGUGGGCGUCUGGGUGGGUCGCGAAAUUGGCCUCCGAUCUGUCGACCCGCAGUCGGUUAGCUUGACUCUUCAACACAAGAAACAUCACGCACUGGAUUUCCCGGUUAAGCAGCCUCAGUGCGGGCGAACCCGGCGCAAACCUGUCGCUGCGGACGGGAUGUGUGUUGAUCCAACUGCGGUAUAUAUCAAACAGCUCUCCGCGAGUGGCGCUGGUCUUGAUGGAGCCAGCGCUGGCGUGGGACCGCGCGACUUGGUGACCGCCAUGCAGCAACGCAGAGCUGUAAGGAGUUGAGGUCCCUGGAUCUCAUAUGAGG